AUGACUGACAAAAACAAUAUCUGUUAUCAAAACCAUUCUUCCGUUUUCCCAAACGAAGAGCAAAACACGGCUAACAAUGCGGGGAAUCCUCUGGACAUCAAUUCGUUUGCAUUGUUUAACGCAAAUCUUGAGAAUAUGAGCUCCACUUCCACUCAUUACUCCGUUUCCGCCCAUCAAUUGUACGUCGAGUCCAUUGAGGGCUUCUCCUGUGGAUCGCCUUCUGAUGAGUCCUCUAAUCAAAGACUGUUUAUUACAAAACAUUUGACCGAAACUCAUAAGAGAAACGUUUCCAAUGAAUGCAAACAAACCAAACAUUAUGUGCUGACAAAUGACAACCAAUUGGUGGCCACGAAAGUGACGAGAAAAGCCAAGAGUAAGAAGAAGUUAGCGAAACUACUGGACACAAGUAGCGCACCGGUAGUGGUGCUCAAGAAGCGACGAUUAGCCGCCAAUGCGAGGGAACGGAAACGAAUGCAUUCACUGAACACGGCUUUCGAUAGACUCCGAGAAGUGGUCCCAGGAAUCGGCGAUGACUCCAAACUAUCAAAGUAUGAAACCUUACAAAUGGCUCAGCAGUAUAUACUGGCACUCAAUGAACUUCUA